AUGCCGGCGGGGAUGAAGCCGCUCGAGAAGUUCCUCAAGAAGCAGACGAGCGCGCUCGGCCGUGCCGGAGGAGGACCAGGAGGAGCGGGAGGACCAGGCGCUGGAGGCGGAGGAGGAGCGGACAAGGCCGGCGGAGGGAACGCCGCGUCCCGGCGGAGGGCCAGCCUGUCCCGCGUCGUCCCCUUCUUCAGGGAGCCCUCUCCGGAGGGGGGGCAGGCCCGCGAGGUCUUCAGCCCCGACAGUGAGGAAGCACCCCCCUGGCCGCCGGCGGCCACGUCGCUCAACGGCUCUGCUUGCGGCGACGUGCGCAGCCCGUCCUUGUCCAGCGAUGAGCAGAGUUCUGAAGCCAGCCUGGCGGCAGAGAGCGUGGGUGGCAGUUGCGGGGGUACAGGGGCUUCCGGGGGGGCCGCCAUUCACGCCGACACACCGGAAAACAUCAUGCUCGCCGUGCUGGACAGUGUUGCGGGGAAACGCUACAUCAACUGCACAGAGACGUUGCUGGAUGACUUCAUGUUGACUCAUCCCAUCUUCCUGACGGCAGACACCUUCCAGCAAGUUCUACUACAGCAGUAUCCUUCACCAUCCACUGCCAAACGCGACACGUGUCGACGCACGAGGACGAAAAUGUGCGAUGGGGAGGAGCCAGGAGAAGGAGGGCGGGGCCAGCCGGACGGGGAGGCCGAGUCAGACGACACCCACCGGAAGCGCGCCGUGCUCAGCGUGGCCUUUCGCUACCUGGAAAUGUACCGAGAGCUCCUGCAAGAGGAGGGGGACAAGUUCCCCAAGGAGUUGUACGCAUGCGCGCUGCGGGAGUUGAGUCGACAUCCCGAUUUGGUGGACGACGUGGUUAAAUUGGAACGCUGGACGCAAAUCUUACGCUGCCCUUGCAACGAGGAGAAGGAAAGCCGCCGGAAGCAGGUGCGACCGCUCUUUCGACAUUUCCGAAGAAUCGACGCCUGCCUGCAGCCCAGGGAAGCCUUCAGGGGCUCUGACGAAAUUUUCUGCAGGGUGUACACGCCAGACCACUCGUAUGUGACCAUCCGCAGCCGGCUGUCGUGCCGCGUGGGCGACAUCUUAGCGCUGGUGCGAGAAAAGCUCCAGUACAGCGACGAGCAGCCGAUGCUUCCCGCCAAACUCGUCCUGGUCGCCGUCACAUCGGCUGGAGAGAAAGCGGUGUUCCGGCCCAGCGACGAGGCCGUUUUCACCACGCUAGGGGUCAACACGCACCUCUUCACCUGCCAACCCUCCGAACUUGACUCCCUGCUGCCCCUUCCUGAAGAAAUCCACUGGACGCCGGGAGAUAGCAAACUUCACGACAUGUCAGCGGAGGAGGUGGCCAAUCAGCUGGUGGCCUUCGACUGGGAGCUCUUCAGCUGCGUGCACGAGGUGGAGUUUGUUUGUUACGUGUUCCAUGGUGAGCGGUCGCGCUGGCGCCCUCUAAACCUGGAGCUGGUACUGCAGCGCUGCAGCGAGGUUCAGCAUUGGGUCGCCACGGAGACGCUACAGUGCCAAUCGCUGCCCAAACGCGUUCAGCUGCUGCGAAAGUUCAUCAAGAUUGCAGCGCUUUGUAAACAACAACAGGACCUCCUGUCGUUUUUGGCCGUGCUCCUCGGUUUGGACAACCCGGCACUCAGCCGACUCAGACUGACCUGGGAGGGCCUUCCCGGAAAGUUCCGGAAACAGUUUCAACAGUUUGAAAACAUUACGGAUCCUUCCAGAAACCACAAGUCAUACCGUGACCUGAUCAGCGCUCUGACGCCGCCACUCAUCCCCUUCACACCUCUCCUGCUCAAAGAUUUGACUUUUCUUCACGAGAGUUGUAAAACUUUUCACGGUCAACUCGUCAACUUCGAAAAGAUGCACAAAGUGGCCGAGAUGGUGCGAUGCAUCCGCAGAUACCGCAGCGGACAACUUGUCACGGAUACGGAGACGUCGCCAUCCCAUUUGCAGACUAAAGCGUAUGUCAGGCAGCUGCACGUCAUCGACAACCAGAACCUGCUCUUUGACUUGUCCUGCAAACUGGAACCCAGAGACUCUUAG